GUCGCGCUUGUUCUUGCUCAGCACCGCACCAGUCGUUCGAGACGACUUUGUCCUCUUUGCACCACAAUUGUCUCUCUUCGUCUCUUGAACACCUAUAACGAUGGCCGAUAUGGAAGUUGAUGCACCUGCUCCCUCUGCUGUGGUACCAAAGGCAAAGACUAAGGACGACGGCAAGGAGGCAAAGAAGCGAUUUGAAGUGAGGAAGUGGAAUGCUGUAGCGCUAUGGGCUUGGGAUAUUGUUGUGGACAACUGUGCCAUCUGCAGGAACCAUAUCAUGGAUCUUUGCAUCGACUGUCAAGCCAACCAGGUGUCAGCGACCAGUGAAGAAUGUAACGCUGCAUGGGGUAUUUGCAACCAUGCCUUCCAUUUCCAUUGCAUUUCACGAUGGCUCAAGACUCGAAACGUCUGUCCUUUGGACAACCGUGAAUGGGAGUUGCAAAAGUAUGGCCGGUAAAGGCUUGCGCAUCUCUUCCGCUUUUCUGCAUCUGUUGUUCGCCUGUCAACACGACUCUGUAUUAUACGAUCAUCUGAUUCUCGCUGUCGACUUUACAUGUACAAACGCUCCGAAUAGACAAACCCAAUCUGUGUUUUAUAAGUCAGUAUACCGAACUCUAAGCGUCCGCUGCUCAACGAUGUCUUGCACGAACUACUCCC